CACCCGGCAACCGAGCUAAACAAACUCAACAAACAAACUCCAUUACUCCUCAAUAAUAUUCCCUUUUUUUCACCCAGACUGUACAAAUCUUUAAGGAAUACUCCAACCCAGCGGUUUCACACAAUCCUUUGUAUAUCUUUUUGUUAUUACCAGGAUUAACAGGAUGACGCUCAAAAUCGGGAUAUGCACCAAGUCGGACCUCGACGAGGCGAUGAAGUUGCAGAAACGGGAGCAGUACGAGGAGGAGCGCAAGAGUCGCAUUUUCAACGCCAAACAGCGCCUCUACGGGCUCGAUCUUGAUACUCUGGAGCGCCAGAUCCUGGAGAAGAAGAAACAGCAGAGCGACCAGAUCACCCGCGACAAGCUGUUCGAGGAGCAGGAGCAGCUGCAGAAGCGCCUGAUCUUGGCCCAGGAGCGGGAGCUGGAGAAGAAGCAGCGGGUAGCCGACUCCGAUCUCAACUACUACCGGUGUCGCUACCAACAGAAGGAGCAGCGCCGCGAGUUCGACUUGAACGAUCCGAACUACCUGAAGAAGGCGCGUCCGACUCGCAUCGCGGAUGAUGACAUCGCUCUGGGUGUGUCCAGUGCCCAGAUCUUUCACGGCGAGGAUCUGUUUAACUCGGAGCGGAAGGUGCGUCAGCGGGAGCAGCAACGGGCCUGGCUGGAUCAGCAGAUUGCCGAGCGGAAGCAGGCGAAGGAGGCCCGCAAGCAGGCCGAGAACAUGCUCAUGGACAGUGUCGUCUGCCGGGACAAGCUGCUCCUGGAGAUGGCCAAGUCGGAUCACAUGAUGCGCAACCAGGUGAUCCAGCGGACAAGGGAGUUCAACAUGAACAUGGCCAAGCAGAAGCAGCUGGACCGCGACCGGGCCAAGCGCGAAAAGUACGAGGACGACAUGGCCGAGAUCUACAACAUGCUCUCCAGCGACAUGCUAACCGAGAAUCCCGAUGUGGCCCAAUCGAAGACCGAUCCCAACAAGAAGAUCGCCUUCAUGUAUCGCGGCAUGACACCGGAGGAGUUGCGGGUCUUCCGGCUGGGCCAGGAACAGCAGCUGCGGCUAAGCACACAACGGAAGGUGGAGGCCCAGAUGAUGGACAAGCAGUGGGAGCAGUAUGCCAUCAAUAUGGAUCGCACGCUGGUGCUCCAGCAGAUCGAUGUGGACAGGCAGCGCAAGGCGCAGUUCGAUGAACUGAUGCGGGCCAAUGCCAAGCUGGCCGUGGAGCAGGAUCAGCAGCGCAAGGACGCCAUGAUAGCGCUGAGCAAUGCCGUCUCCGAUGACUUCUACGAUCAGUUCAACAAGAAUUCACGUUAAGUUACUCCUUUUUUCCUCAUCCAACCCAGCAAGUCUAUGUGUAUCCUGGAGACGCUUGGGAAACGGCCUCAGCCGCUCAUUUGGGCUGUGGAGGAGCAUUUCCCAGGCGAUUCCAAGGCACUCUUUUAAGAAUAAUAUGUAGGUUUGUUGGGUGUCUUACAUACAUACAUUAAAUACAUUUAAAUUUUCAAGUUCAUCCUGAA